UAAGUGGUCGACGGUUGUUGAAUCUUGUGUUUAUAUUUCGGUCUCGCUAACUAAAAGACAUUUUCUCGCUGCAGAAGUUUGAAAAUAAACGUAAAUAAAAAUAAAAGUCGAUGAUGUCCACGACGUAAGCUCUGUGGCGUUGUGUUUUCACGUUGACUCGUGUGUGGAGGCAUCAGGACGAUGGAUUUCUGCGGGAAACAGGUGAAAGCAGACUGCGAGCAGCUCCUGAAGCGCUUCCAACGAACACAGUCCGUCCGCUUCGAGAUUUUCGCCAGAAUAUGGAGAGAGAUGAAGUUCUCACAGAUUUUCUAUGGCACUGUGAAUCACGAGAAGCGAAAAUUCAGUCGUCUGAUACUGGACGUGGCCUCUGUCUUCUUCCUGCCACCCUUCAGCUUCCAGAUCCGAGUAGGAGGACUUUACCUCCUGUACAGCUUGUAUCAGUGCCAGAAUGCGUCACCUUCUGAGCAGAUCCGUCUGGCACUGAAGGACUGGGUGGACGUGAAGACGUUUGAGAAAGAUGCUAUAGAGGCUCAGCACUUCGAUGUGGUCUACAUACUCCAGCAGCUCAUGUUCUGUAAAGCUUUCCACUUCACCGCCACACCCUCUCUGCUCACCUACAAUAAGAAGAGGAAGGUGGAAAGGUCGCCAAUGCAUGAGGAUUUCAUGGAGCGAGUGUCCCGUCCACAAGAGCUGGUUAACAUCGAGCUGCUGGAAGAAAUGGACAACGUUCACCAGCACUAUGAGAAUCUGAAGGCAUCCACCCUCUCUCUGACAUCAGCACAGCAAGAUCCGUCCGUCAGCCUGAUCCGUAAAAACCUUGUCCCUCAGCUUCGCAACACUGUGGUCGACUUCUACAACUGGCAGAAAAGGAAGGACAGUGUGGAUGAAGAAGAGGACAGCAGUGAGGGACCAUCAUCCCAGCAGGAGUGCUCCAAAAGGGCAGGGCUCCUUGCUUCCAUCAAAUCGAAGGCGUACGGACAAGCAGCAGAGGUCUCCAAGUCAAGGCGUCAUCGCCAGGUGGAAGUGGAUUUCACCAGUAACGAGGCCAGAUCCGCCCCCACGUUAGGUCGCUCCAGAAUAACCAAGCCGUCGCUCAAAGCCAGAACCAGUGAGAAUCUCCAUAUUUCAGGUGACUUGUGGACGGAAGCCAUGACAACCACUAAGAUCAGUCGGCUUGCACAGCUCGAGUCUGCUCGUGAUGAUAAACCGAAACAGUACAAAAAGUUCAAGUGGUCCUGAAGAAACUGCACAACACUGGAGCUGCUGUUCAGAGCAUUCACUGAAGUCUGAUAUGUGCUUUGCUAUUGUAAUAAAUCAUGUUGACAUCUUUA